AUGCACCCAGACGAGCCUGUCAAUAUUAUCCGGUUUGCGACCGCAUUGAAAGUUCUAUGCGGGAGCUCGAUUGAAGUUGCGCUUCUCCCUCGGGCGGAGGGGCUACUUCGAGAGUACCUCUUAACGUUUCGAAAGAUAUACGGUGUCGAGGCCAUGAAGCCAAACUUCCAUUGGUCUACGCACAUUUGUGAACAGGUCCUUGACUACGGGCCGGUUUACAACUUCUGGGCCUUUCUUUCAGAGCGGCUCAACAAGAUCCUCAAGUCGCAAUCAGUAAACAACUGGAUAGGAGGACAAGUGGAGAUCACCAUGAUGCGGACAUUUGCACGAUCCUCACGACUCAAUGCAACGAUGACUGCAAUAGCCAGACGCACCGACAAUGAUAUCGUCAAGAAGGUGUUGGACCUCAUGAUCACCCAGGAUUCAGAGGGAACUGGAACUCUAGGUGACGCACUUGUCUCUGAUGAGCUCUCCUCUGGCACUCGCGUUCAACUUGGAACGCCGGUCGUGGUAGAGAGCAUUCGCCGACGACCCACGCUCAGUGACGCUGCAAUGGCGUACAUGCGUGAUUUCUACAACACAGCUGCACAGGCGACAAACACUAACAUUACUUUUGCUGUAUCACGUCAGGUCAACGCAGCGCCCGGUGCCAUCACUCUCAACCGUUUCUGCACUCUGUAUCACUACGCCUUCCUCGACGGACGUCGAGUCAUUCCUACAUCAGAAGCUCGACGACAAUCGGCUGACUCUGCUCUGGUGAAGGUCAAUUGUCCGGGGGCGGGUGCAAUAUAUGGCGAAGUUAUAUCUAUCUUCAGUCACACGCAGGAAGGGAUACCUUCCUCAAGACGUUUAUUUGCAGAGUUUUGGUGGUUGAAAGAGCUGGAGUUAUCCCCUGUGAACGAUGACCCAUGGCAUGAAUUUCCCGAACUCGAUGUUAGGUGCUUCGAACUGAAUGCGUACCAUCCCUCCACCGCACUACCACCAGUGCUUCCAUUUGAUUCAAUUAUCUGCGCCAUUGCACGCGGAGUCGUUGAAACCACUGAUCCACCCAUGUGGAUCACGACGUCGUUGGAUCGAACUCGGUCGUCCACCUUGACGUGCGCGCUCCUCCCCGACGCGUCUUCAUCCACAGCAAGGCACCUCUGUGCAAGCUUGUUGUCGGCGAGUGCACCCAUGGUCAUGUACAUGCGACGCCCCUCUGGGCUGGAUGUCAGCCGCAAUGGGCGCCCGCUGUUGUUAAGCAAUGGCCCGCGUGGACUGAACGUGCUGCUCAUGUACAGCGAUGCGGAUCCCGAGGUGUUGGCAUCACCGUCUCUGCUACCUGCACCUCAGGAUGGGUACGAGGGUGACGCAUCAUUGUCGUCAUCUGCACCAGUGCACCCCUGCGCCUGCUCGUUGUCGACAAGUGCCCCCACGGUUGUGUACCUGCGCCGCCCGUCUGGGAUGGACGUUGCUCGCGACGGGUGUACGCUGUCGUUUGGGAAAGGGCCGUUCGGGCCAAACUUGGAAGUCAGGUAUCGUGAUGUCAAUCCGGAGGCGUUGUCGUCUCCGCCGCUGCCGCUGCCGUUUCAGUUUUGA